AGGGAGAGAGCCAGCGAGCGAGCACCUAAGGGUAUUACUGCGCACCUUUCAUAACCCUGUUCCACUCACUCGAUAUGAGGGUGUCUGAUUCCCCCCCUCUUUCCUUCCUCCGAAGGGCUGCUUCCUUCGCCUCCCCGUCACCUCGCCUCGAACCCCGCGAUUUCCCCUUGUCAGUGCCUUCCUAGCCUGCCUCGGCGGGUUGGAUUGAUGAAUCCAGAUCGCGUGUGAGAGCCUCACCACCGGGAGUUUGAGGAAUUUGCCUGUGGUGUUAAGGGGAAGGGAACAAGUAAGAGAAACUGAGAGAGAGAGCUCUACCUAUCGACGGAUAUAAGAGAAGUCGAGAGCUUUAGCCAUAAGCAGCCAUACCCACUCAGGCACUAUGAAACGUCUUUGAGAGAGAGAGAGAGAGAGGGAGGGAGAGCGCGCAUUAAAAAAAAAAAACACCAGCAGCCACUAACCAGGACUUUGCGGAGUCCAGGGAGAGGGGAGGACGAGAGUCCUUAGCACUGAUCUCAUAGAAUUAAAGACUUUUUUUUUUUUUUUUGAAAAAAGGUCGACUUCCUUCUUUCCUUUUUCAUGCGAGAGCUAUCAUGAGCUCCUACUUUGUAAAUCCUCUUUUCUCCAAGUACAAAGGCGGCGAGUCCCUGGAACCAACUUACUACGACUGCAGAUUUCCACAAAGUGUGAGCAGAAGCCAUGCGCUCGUGUACGGUCCGGGCACCACGGCUCCCAGCUUUCAACACCCUUCACAUCACGUCCAGGAGUUCUUCCACCACGGAACCUCCAGUAUCUCUAACUCUGGAUACCAGCAAAAUCCCUGCGCCCUGGCGUGCCACGGAGAGGCGUCUAAAUUCUAUGGAUACGAAGCCCUACCAAGGCAGUCGCUUUAUGGUGCCCAGCAAGAGACGGCCGUGGUUCAAUAUCCUGACUGUAAAUCCUCCUCCAACAGUAACUCUAGCGAGGGACAAGGGCAUUUAAAUCAAAAUUCUUCUCCCAGUCUCAUGUUCCCAUGGAUGAGACCGCACGCUCCCGGGAGGCGCAGUGGCAGGCAGACUUACAGCCGAUAUCAAACCUUGGAGCUAGAGAAGGAAUUCCUCUUCAACCCCUAUUUGACACGGAAGCGGCGCAUUGAGGUUUCUCAUGCCCUCGGACUGACAGAGAGACAAGUCAAGAUCUGGUUCCAGAACCGGAGGAUGAAAUGGAAGAAAGAAAACAACAAGGAUAAGCUACCGGGAGCCAGGGAUGAGGAGAAGACAGAGGAGGAAACCAACGAGGAAGAGGAAAAAGAAGAGGAGGAAAAAGAAGAAAGCAAGGACUGACUUCUCCUUGAAGUCCUCAUUUUAUGGCGGAUGAUAAAUCCAGAUGUUUACGAGACGGUCAUUCGCUUUUAUAGAGUAUAGAACGGAGAGACUCACACACAACAGUAACUACCUGUCAAACAGUUGUAGCCCCCCCCUUUUUUUAUUGUCAGAGUACUUCCCCUGCUUUCUGCCUACUCCAAUAGCAGCUGAUAUUUCUUUAUUUUAUUAUUCCCUCAAAUUUUUCUCCCAAUAAAGAGAGAACUGGAUUGAUUGUAACCACGUUGAAACCCAGAGUUAGCUCUGAGUACCAUGUACCUUGGCCCCCACCCACCCCAGUAGCACCAGCAUCUCUCCCAAGCCCAACUCCUUGCAAUUUCCCCUGUUCUAAGAACAAAAAUACAGCCAUCGUCUAUACUUCCUUGGAAUGCCUCUUGCAGCCGCCCUCCCCAUCUCUAAUGCUCUAAAGGGGGUGGUGAGGAGAGUAGGAUAAUCUCUUUAGUAGGUUUAUCUUAAUUUUAAAGGAAAGCAACAACAGCAACAAGCUUAUCUACUCAUCUACUCCUCCAAGCUAAGGUACAUUUAUGAUUUCGCUUUUAGCUGUCAGCCACGAUCACUUAAAGAACAAUUGUUAUUAUUCUGAUGUUGGCUAGUCGCCCCUUUAGGAAAAGUGGAGGCUUGGCAGAUUCCUGAAGACAAACAUUUCACGCUUGCUGAGUUUCUACGAACUUAAGAGAGAACUUACCUACAAGGCGCCCUCCGAUUUUCAAGACAGGGGUGUACCCCUAAACACCCUGGUAUAGGGGAGGGGAAAGUUCUACUCUGAUCCAGGAAUAAAUAUAUUUAGGAUACCCGUGAAAGAGAGGGAGCUAAAUUAAGGUUUCUGGGGCGAUGGGGUUAUUUGCUAGAUCACUUGUGUGAGCAUUCUUCAUAUACUACCUAAUGGGAAACCUGCAAUAAUCGUUUAUUAGCAACAAGAUGGGGGCUUAUACCUAGUCAAAUAACGUAAUAAAGAACUGCAAAAACCACAGCAUCAUAAUCAGUUUGAGAAGAGUUGUGUAUUGCCCUAAUGCAAGCUACUAAGUAGCAGAAAAUAAUAAUAAUAUUAUUAAUAAUAAUUAAUAAGAUCAAAACCAUUGUAAUGUAUCUUAUCACUACCUAUAGAAGGAAUCAUGCUUUGAAAGUAUUUGUAACUGCGGUUUUGUUGUCGUAUGUUGCUGCUUACGUUUUUGUUUUUUGUUUUUUUGUUUUUUGUUUUGGAAAAAAAAAUUCCCAACAACUGAAACUGCCUAGUUAAGGACGCACAGUAUUGUAUUAUUUUAUUGUGCUUAUAAUGUAGUUAGGACUUAAUUGCACUGAAUGUAUAGUUAUCUAUUUGUCUUGACUUAUCUGUUAAUGCAAGAUGCUCGAAGUACACCCACACAGAAAUGUCAUCUGUUUUAUGUCAACCAUAGUCUUCUAAGUGUUCAAAACUCUGAAUGUAGCAAUUUCAGCCGGAAAUGCAAUUCUGGCUGGCCGUGGAUUUGUAUUGUAUACGUGAGAUAUUACGUAAAUAAACAAUAAAAUUUAAGGGGGAAAAUAACUAGAUUGAGCUUUUUAA